AUGCCACCUGUUAUAUUUCGCGGACGAGGAAGGGGAAGACGAGGCCGAGGAGAGAUCGUUACCCGUAACGAUCACGAAGCAGGACCGUCAGGUACAAGACCUCCUUCUAUGACAAGGAGCGAAGAACCCCAGCGACGAAGAGACCUGUACGAGCCGGCAAGGCACUCAACCUCGCACAGUUCAACACCAUCCUACCGACACUCGUUCGGGCCAGACUCCGAGAACGACCCGAACAACCCUCAGCCGUCCUACAUACCGCUUCAACGCUCGGUGUCUCACCGUGCUUUUGGGGAUCCUACCCCGUACUUCCGAGGUCAGUUCAAUCCGGCUGACUAUAUACAGGAACCUUCUGGAUUCGUUCCGCUUGGUCCUCAAGACCACUUUUCUGAAGACCCCAUGGAUGAAGACGAGGAUCCUACUGAACCAGCGCGUGGUACGCCCACGCAUCCGAUCGAAAUCUCCGAUGGAUCUUCCUACCAUGGUCCACAAUACCAAGGCCCUGACAGCUUUAUGGCCUUGUUCGAUCAGCAUGAGUGGUACUACACACCAUCUCAGCAUGAGUCGUCGCAGCAGCAGCAGCAACAUCCGCGAGAUCCUUCUGAGGAUCCGCACUUCGAGGCAGUGACGCCACCGCCUCCCCCAGCUACUCAGCCAAUAAUGCCCGAUCCGCCAAGGCGAAGAAGAUCAGGCGCAAGAAUGUCUACCCGUGGAGGGGAUUACCACUUUAGCACCCCUCGACAUUCAAGUGGUAGCCAUUAUCCAUCCUUACCGGAGGAAGGGCCUUCAAGCCCAGCCCAAGAGGCGAACUCAGCACCAGUUGCACAUAAUUCGCCGCAAUUUGGGGACGAUCGCCCGUUACCUCCGUACGCAACGAACUAUAAUCCGUAUGAGCCAUCACCACAAGCGCACUACAACUACAAUUAUGAGCGCGACCCCUAUGUGGUAGCGGCCAGGUAUGACACCCGCUAUCCAGACAGAGCUCACGGACCUCCAAGAGCGCCAGAUUACUCAGCUCAUGGGUAUCCAGCGCCACCAAGACCUCCAGUUCCUCAACCACAACCACGUUUCUCUCCUCCUGAGCAGGAGGAGAUACUCCAACGAUUAGAUCGCAUGGAGAGAGAGUUUGAGGAAGAGAAGAAGAGCCACCGAGGCUUCCUUAAGGGCUUGGCAAACCUAUUGAAGGGCAAGAAGAAGAAGCGAGACCACUAG